UCGGCAGGUCAGAGACGAGGAAGAGAUGUUAUCGAGACGCCGAUUUUGAAAUCUGUUUUUUGUUUUUAUAAGAAAUUAGAAUGAACUUAGGACCGAAAAACCCUUAUGGUAAUGGCCUGGCUUACGCUGGGUUCAACCAAGAUCAAGGAUGUUUUGCCUGUGGGAUGGACUCAGGGUUCAGAGUCUACAACUGCGACCCCUUGAAGGAAAAGGAGCGCCAGGACUUCUCGGAUGGCGGCAUCGGCUACGUGGAGAUGCUCUUCAGAUGCAACUACCUGGCACUUGUCGGGGGGGGAACGCAUCCCAAGUACCCCACUAAUAAAGUUAUGGUGUGGGAUGACCUGAAGAAAAAGCAUGUCAUUGAGCUAGAAUUCGCCUCAGAAGUCCGUGGAGUGCGGUUGCGGCGAGACAGGAUCGUUGUCAUCCUUGAUACCAUGAUAAAGGUUUAUACGUUCACCAGCAAUCCACAACAGCUCCACGUUUUUGACACGGCCAAUAACCCCAAAGGGUUGUGUGUGCUGUGUCCAAACAGCAACAAUUCACUCCUGGCCUUCCCUGGGCCACGCGCUGGUCACGUGCUCAUCAUCGACCUCGCCAACACAGAAAAAUCUCCACAGGACAUCCUAGCCCAUGACUCACCACUCAGUUGUAUUGCCCUAAACCUCCCAGGAACAAGAUUGGCUACAGCCUCAGAAAAGGGGACGCUAAUCAGAAUUUUUGACACAGCAUCAGGAACACAACUAAAUGAGCUCCGCAGAGGAGCCAAUGCAGCAACAAUAUACUGCAUCAACUUUAGUCAAGAUUCUUCACUGCUGUGUGUCUCAAGUGACCAUGGGACUGUUCACAUAUUUGCUACAGAAGAUGAGGACAAGAAAAACAAGCAGUCGAGCUUAGCCUCGGCCUCUUUUCUGCCCAAGUACUUCAGCAGUAAGUGGAGUUUCUGCAAGUUUGAGGUUCCUGGAGGAUCGCAGUGUAUAUGUGCCUUUGGUCCCACCAGCAACUCCGUCAUUGCAAUAUGCGCUGAUGGCAGUUACUACAAGUUCACAUUCAACGCAAAGGGGGAAUGCAACAGGGAGGUUUACGCCCACUUCCUCGAAAUGACCGACGACAAAGCAUAGGACACGUGCAGAGGUAGACGUUUCACAAGAGUGCUCUGUGCACCAGCCUCAUGCGCAGUGUUUUCAUGAGUUAUGUACAUUAACACCAACGUUGAGGGUUGUUUAAAAAUUAUGUGCAGUCUCAAGAUUUCAUGUGAUAGUCUAGUAGUAUGUACUGUGUAAGUGUCAUUUUUAAUUAUUUACUUUAUUUAUUUUUUAUUAUUAUUAUUAUUAUUAUUAUUAUUAUUAUUAUAAUCUGUCAUUCAGUCCCUCAUUCCAUAUUUGGCAGAUCUUCCUGACUUGAAUGAAUAACAUCUUGACUGGAUUAUUAUUUUAAUGACAUGUUGUUUAUAGUCGAGUUUAUUGCAACAUUUGUACUUAAUACAAAACGAGACGAAGUUUUUCUCUUUUCAGUUGUUGAUAUUUGUUUAUUUUAUAUUAUCUUUAUGUUGGAUGCAUCUGCCAUUUGCUGACAAUUCCAGAUUUUUCUGUAAAAUUCCCACCCACUCCUCUCUUUUUUCCUUUUAAUUCUCAUUCGUACUUCUUUCCUUCUGUAUGUUUAUCAUGUUUAUCUCUUUCACUCUCUCUCUCUCUUGCCCUUCCUUCUUCUGAUUUCUCCCAUUCAGUCUCCCCUUCCUUAUUCUUAUUCUUCUUUUUCUUUUUUUUUUUCCCUUCUUCUUCCUUUUCCUUUUUUAAUGCUUUCCAUUUCAUCCCCUUCAUUCUUUCUAUUGUUCUUCCCACCUUUUAUAAGUUUAAUUAUAUUCAUUACACCUCACAAUUUCACGACAUGUCAACGUUAACAGAUUGUCCUAAAGACAGGGAAUAUAUUCAUUUUUGUAGAAUUGUAACAAAAACUGAAAUGUUACAGUAAGGUUUGAUGAUAUAUUUGUAUGUAUGUGUAUGUAUGUAUAUGUGUAUAUGUACAUAUUUUUAUUUAUGUAUGUUACAUCUGUCCCUUUCUUCUUCGUCUUCUUCUUCCUUCUCUUUUAAUCUUUUUUCUUGUUUAUAUUUACUGAAUGAUUUUUUUUUUUUUUUUAAAU